UCAAGACAUUUCGUAUUAAACGUCUUGUUGUAAAAUACAACUACAGAUGAAAGUAAUCGUAUGCACGGGAUUCAUUUCGGUUUUUACAUUGUUAAAUUUGAGUGCUGAAGUAUGCACGAGCGAGCCGCAAUGGUGCCGGUAAUUGUGCUUCAAUACCAACGCCAAGUCUGUGAUUUCUAUUUCUUCUACUAAUCUACUAUUGAGAAUACACCGUAUGACAAAAAAAAUCAUGUGACUAAACUUGUUAUAAAAUCCAAGAUUUAAGUGUAAGUAUGGCAGAAGGCGGAACAGAACCAAAGCCCAAUGACAAUCAAGUAUCUAAACUUCAAUUGGAGGUGAACGAGUGUCUUGGUAAUUGGCUAGUGUACUUACAGACGCUCAAUGGCUUAUGCACAGCGGGUACAAAGUUGGCUCAAUCAUUACAAACACUUUUAUCUGCUCAUGAUACAUUAGCACAAUGCCGAUUAACAGGGCAAUGUCUUGCUGGUUGGGAAGAGCUUACAAGAGCAACAUAUAUAACCAGCAAUACUGUAAAGAAUCAUAUUAUCUCUGCAUUAAGGGAUCAUGAGACACGAGAAAAUGAAGGAGAUAAGCAUGAUAUACUUAGAGAUAAUCUGUUGACAUUCAUAAAUCUACAGUAUCAGUUCUGUGUUGCCUGUUGGGAAUGUCUAGGUGGAAUGGCAGAAUGUUCCUGUUCUCAAAGUGGGGCAGCUGAAUGUGACAUUGCCUCUCUUCAACAAUGUUUCGAAAGACUGUAUAGUUCACCACCAUUAGUAUCUUCAUCGACAACACAACAACCUGUACAAAAUUGUCAUAGAUCACCCCUACCAUAUCCAUUAUUUUCUCUGCAGGUUCAGAGAAGAUGGUCUGAAACCGCAGCAGCGGAAAUGUCGGGUGAAGUAUCAGAGAAUACAAUGAGAAGGUGGUCUAUGCCAUGGGAUUGUAGAAAUAUCACAGACUGGCCGCGGCAAGAUGUUAGAUCACGAUUGAGGGUUCCUCAUCAAGAUAGAAGUAGGUCUACUACACCAGACACAAUUUGGAAAACAUCUGCCAUGGCUAGUCAAGAUGGUUUGCAAGAAGCGAUUCAACUGUUAUCUUGUAAACCAGGAGUUAGACCUCUAAAUCAGUUGUCUGCCUAUACGAAUCAACAUAUCCCGGGUGUUACAUUAACAACGUGCAAUUUUGAGUCAAAUUAUGACUCGACUGCUUGGCCAGGAUCUCGCAAAGUAGGCACUUCAAGGUGUUGGCCGCAAGAUUCUCAUUCAAGCGAUCAUUCUGAUCAAUCAGGACAACGCGAAAGCGAUCAGAGUGCACAUAGUGGAGAACACAGAGAUUCGGAACAAAGUGGAACUAGUGGUAGUCACGGGGACAGCAAAGAUAGCAUUCAUUCGCAUAGUGAUCAUAGAGAAGUCGAACUUGGUACUGUAGAUGUAUUACCGUCGCGUAAAAGCAGUUCUUCGACAGAUUCUUGCAUAUCAGCCCAUAGUCGUUCAGGUUCCGAGAGCGCUGGUGGUGGGGAAUGCGCGAGAUCUCAAUUGUAUUCAAUGUGGAGCGGCAGCGAUUUGCCUUUCAUUAAAUUGCCAGAAAGCAAUGAAACGCAAGACGAACAUCCGCCCGUAUAAAUACAUGGUGUCGGCAAACAAAUUUUAUGUUUUUUUUUUCGAAUGUUGUCAUCGUUCAUUAAUAACGGCGAUCAAAAUCGUUCGUUUUAUUAUAUUUAUAAACGUGCGUUUACAACGCCACGUUAAUAGUGCGUAUAUGAAUUAAUAUAAGUGAUCGUUAAAAACACGCGUAAAACGCGAUUAUUGAUGUUCAAUAUAACAAGGUAGAGUUGAAUGAGUGUGUUUAUACAAUAUAUUUCGCGAUAAAUCGGUACAUAAUCGUUCAAAGAAUGGAA